AAAAGUGUUUCAUUUAAUUUUAAUACACUGAUCAAUGCUAAUUUUGUCGUUUAAAACAUUCCUGUAUCGUAGUUUUCAAUACGUACCGCAUCCUGCCAACGCAGCAAUAAACCAACGCCAAUGAACCCCUCGAUGACGCGAGCCCACUGUGCACCGCCACAAGCGGGUAAUCCAAAAGAAGCUUCUAGAAUCUUGCCCUCUCACUCGCGCAGCAGCAUCGACCAUCGCCAGUGCGCGUGCAUUUUACAGCGUUGGCCAUCACUAGCGACGGUGGAACAAUAAUAGGUAUUAACCUUAAAUUUUGCCCUAGGAACUUUUGCGUCCACUCAUCACCUCGGCGGCAGGGUCUGUGAAGCGAGUUGUUGUUAGUAACAUUUAAUUUCAAUAAAACGUUUGCACCAAGCUAAGAAGCCACGCGGGACGUACCAGUUGGGCCCGCAAGUUCUGGCCCGCGUUGUUGCUGUGCUGUGCGUUCAGUGUGUGAAAAUCUUCAUCUAGUUGGCGACGCCACACCGCUUCGCUACCUCUGCCAAAGCUGCCCGACAAGCCGGCUGUUGAGAUACAGAACACAGAUACGAUACGUGCUUCGUCAGAGAAAGGCAACGCGCUUGCAGCUCAAACGCGUCGUGAAGCAACAUCAUCAUGGGAGACUACCAACAAGAUCCGAUGGUCCAUCUGGAGCUGACCGGUAACACCGGCAUGGUACUGCGGCGUCCGUUCGAUCCGACCGCACACGAUCUAGAUGCAUCGUUCCGGCUGACCCGCUUUGCCGACCUGAAGGGCCGCUGCUGCAAAGUGCCGAAGGAGGUGCUGGAGAAGCUGGUUUCGUCCUUGCAGCAGGACUACAUGCAGGAUCCCGACCAGCCGUUCAUGCCGAUGUCUUCGCCCCGGAUCGGCAUCGGGCUCGACUGUUCGGUGAUUCCGCUGCGCCACGGCGGGCUGUGCAUGGUGCAGACGACCGACUUCUUCUACCCAAUCGUGGACGAUCCGUAUAUGAUGGGCAAGAUUGCGUGCGCCAACGUGCUGAGCGAUCUGUACGCGAUGGGAGUGACGGAGGUGGACAACAUGCUGAUGCUGCUCGCCGUCAGCACGAAGAUGAUCGAGAAAGAGCGGGACGUAGUCAUUCCAUUGAUUAUGCGUGGAUUUAAGGAUUCCGCCCUGGAAGCGGGAACCAGUGUGACCGGUGGCCAUAGUGUCGUUAAUCCGUGGUGCACUAUCGGUGGCGUAGCGACCACGAUUUGCCAGCAGAACGAAUUCAUCGUGCCGGAUAAUGCUGUCGUCGGUGAUGUGCUGGUGCUGACGAAAGCGCUCGGAACGCAGGUGGCCGUAAAUGCGCACCAAUGGUUGGACCAGUCGGAACGGUGGAACCGCAUCAAGCUGGUCGUCUCGGAGGAGGACGUCCGGAAGGCGUACCACCGGGCGAUGGACUCGAUGUCCCGGCUGAACCGGGUCGCCGCCCGUCUCAUGCACAAGUACAACGCGCACGGCGCUACCGAUGUGACCGGCUUCGGGCUGCUCGGCCAUGCCCAGACGCUGGCCUCGCAUCAAAAGAAUGAGGUAUCGUUCGUCAUCCACAACCUGCCGGUGAUCGCCAAGAUGGCUGCGGUUGCGAAGGCCUGCGGCAACAUGUUCCAGCUGCUACAGGGCCAUUCGGCCGAGACGUCCGGCGGGCUGCUGAUCUGUUUGCCGCGUGAGCAAGCCGCGGCCUACUGUAAGGACAUUGAAAAGCAGGAGGGAUGCCAGGCCUGGAUCAUUGGUAUCGUGGAGAAGGGUAGCCGCACGGCCCGCAUCAUAGACAAACCGCGAGUGAUUGAGGUGCCGGCAAAGGAUUAAGGGAGUGUGUUGGAUUUCGUUUCUUUCCUCUUUUUAAUUGGCUAUUAGCUUAUCAUAAUUCAUUUGCCUGUUAACACAUAUACGUACGUACAUUGCACUUUCGACGGACUACUACUCCGCUCAUACGCGCGAACACACAAAAUACACUUUCUGAUCGAUGCUCGUUGCUAGAGCAACCGGCAGAAAUGGCGAAGUUAGGUUGCACACAUUUUUCUUGAGUUACAAACGAAACUACUUUUGCAGCAAAAUAAACUCUAGGAUUGACGAAGCGGUGAUACAAACAUGAAAAUGGGUCGAGGGGUGGACGACUGAAUUAUGGAACCGAUGAAGAUGCCAAGUGCGAGAAGGAAGGGAAAAUGAUCUGUACCAUAGUGUACGUUCGUACAUACAUUUUACGAUAUGUCCUCUGUUUUGUUUUUACGUAAAGCCACGUGAACAUUUUUUAUAAAGCCAGGAAAAUCGAGAGAUAGAAAGAGUAUGAAGAAAAGGAAACAUUUAUUAUUAGCAUUGCCCUUAGAUUUAAUCCAAUGAAUAUCGCAUAAAUAAAACAAAAAUCAAACACAACAA